UUUUCGGCAACGCUCACAGUGUGUUGACCUAGAUAAGAACCAGGAGAAGCCGUGCGGAGCUCUCGCAGGAGACCAGGCUUUAAGCUUGGAGUGAUACGGAUAGGGACCGGGCUCCCUCUUUCGCAGGCAAAAUAGAUCCCUUCAACAAAAAGUGUGCAGGGAAAGGGGCGAUGAUGUGGCCUAAUUUUUUCCUUCAGGAUGAGGAGCAGCGCAUGGCAACGCGCACGCGGGCGGUGGGCAAACGGCGCAAGAUCCUGACGGACGAGCAAGAGGGCAAGAUCAAGCUGGCCUUCUUCGUGGCCAUCGUGGGGAUGACCCUGACAGUGCUGGCCGUGGGCACAGAAUUCUGGGUGGAACUCAACACCUACAAGCAGAAUGAGUCCGCCAUCUGCGAGGCGGCCCACUAUGGCCUGUGGAAAUUUUGCUACAAGAAACUCUGGAUAAAUGAUGUGGAGGAAGAGAGGGCCACCUGUGGACCCGCAGAGCUGCCUGGAGAAGCUAACUGUUCUUAUUUCAAAUUCUUCACUACUGGAGAGAAUGCACAUAUCUUCCAGAGGUCAACUAAAAAAGAACUGAAUAUCACGGCAGCCGUUGUGUCCCUUGUCAGCAUCACCUUGAUGGGCAUGGGGUCCCUCUGCAUCACAAUGGCUCUGAGCAAAGGGAUCGAAUUCCUCCUGAAACCAGCAUCCUGCUUCUUUAUCAUAUCAGGCAUGAUGGUGCUGGUGUCUUUGGAGGUUUUCCGACAGUCGGUCCGGUGGCUUAUCACCUCCGACGAGACCAUCCCACUGGAGUACGAGUAUUCGUGGUCUGUGGCUUGUGCAGUGGCUGCCGGGGCUGUCUUGAUUUUUGGCGGAGGCUGUUUUAUCCUUUUGUCCAUCCCGAGUUUGCCCAAAAAGCCCUGGGAAUGCUGCAUCAAAAGCAGAAACAGCAGCAACACUUCCUAAAAUCCAUUUGGGAGGGAGAACCAAAGUAUCUCUUUCUCUCACUCUGCAACACACACACACACACACA